AUGACUACAAAUGCAUUGAAACAAUAUCGGAGGACAAUUCACGCUUUAUCUUCUUCAAAUUGGAAAAUAACACAAGAAGGACGAUGCAAUGAAAAUGUGCUUCGCUCAAUUGCCGAUGAAUUAAAAAAAAAUGACCUAGCUGAAACAUACAUCAAAACGUUAAGUACCUAUAAAUUUCUUGAGACCUGUCUUUGGCCAAACUUACAGCAAGAUGCUACAGCUCUUCACGUAGGAUUGACAGCUUUGUGCCUCUGUUACAAAACACGCGAAGCAAAUAAUACUUUUUGGGAAGGAAUUGAUGCUGAUAAGUUCUCUAUUCUUUUUCAAAAUGCACUAAUAUUGUCUUUAAAGACAGAAGAUUAUUGGUCUGUCGUAUGUCUUCAAUUCUUGAAUUUAUGUUUUCUCUCAGUCGAUGUUGCUUUGAUCCGUCGGGCAGUUAUAAAAGUUGUAGGUGUUGGUACCUGGGAAACAGUUUCAUCGGUACCAAAAAUCCUGGAAUUGGUAAAAGAAUAUCCUGCUUAUCAAAAAGCUUACCUCAAUUAUCAAAAGAAGAAAAAAGCAGGAGAAGCGGAGGAUAAAGAAAAUGUGUUCGCACCCUUCAAGUGGCUGUCUCUUCUUUUAAGUAAGGCUAUGCAGCUUUCACAGCUUUCAUCUUUUUCAAAAUCGGUUGCUGCAUAUCUUCAGAGUGUUGUACAAUUACUAAACUCUUUGAUGUCUCAGUAUCCCACUCGUCGGUUUACCCAUUUUGUUAUCGGGGAAAGUAAUAUAAUCUCAGUACUUUCGUUGUCUUCACUUUUUGAAACUUCCGAGUCUUUUCGGUUUUUACUGAAUCGGUUGAAAAACUUAUUCCAAUUUCCGUUUGAUAAUUCGCGAGGCAUCGCCUUGUCAGAAGCGGAAUGUAUAAAUAAGGCAAAUCAAGGGCAUAAGUCGUUUCAGCUCCUUCUUUUUCAAAAGUUUAGAAACAUUGUCCACGAUGAGUGUUUAGCAACAAGUCGUCAGCUACAGGAUACAUCUUUCUUACGAAACCUACUUGGAAAGUUUUCAGUUACUCAAUUAAAAGAUCUUUGUUCAGAUCUAUCCAUCACUAUGUAUGGUCUUGAAUUUAUUCCGGAACAUAAGGUCCGUAAGUUUAUUGAGAACUUAGUGGCUUUUCAUUUACAGAGAUUUAAUGGAGCAGACAUUGAGAAACAUAAUGAGUUAGAUCUGGAAUCUCUUUUGAACAAUGAUCUUUACUCGCAGAUUAGCAUGUGGUCUGUCUGUAAGCCUUGGCCUUGCUGGGCACUGGCAAUUCAAUACCUGACUCCUUCGGCAUUCUGUAUGCAAAUGGGGGAAUUAAGUCGUCUCGCUCUCCAUUACACUGUUCGAAAAGAGACAGUUGAAAUGCUUCAACGUGUACAACCGAAGUUUGACUCUUUAAAACGUCGAUUUGUGUUCUCUAAACAAAAUAGUCGUGUUGUGCCGUUGCGCACUAGUAAACUUGUUAAAGUAUAUCCUCCCAAGGUUGGUAAAACCUAUCCGCAAUUCGUGAAGCUUAGAUUGAUGAUUUCCAACACUAAAGAUAAAAUGUUUGAUUCCGCAUCUCUUCAAAAGUUAUACCGCAAACCGCUUUAUUUACUAAAUUUUGAAAAGCCCAAUACUCAACUUGUCAAUUCAGCUCUCUCUAGCGACAUUAACCUAAUGCUCAAGUCCGGAAUUAAAAAUUCUGUUUAUUGUCAUCUUGAGGACAUUUUGGAUGAAAAUGAAAAUAGCCUUAUUAAUCUUGAAAGUGUCACGAUUCCAUCUACAAUACUCGUUGACGUCUUAUGUGAUCCUUUCUUCAGUAUGAAGCUGCAAAAUACGUCUGAUAUCAAGCGUCAGUAUGCUUCAUUUAAUCUCCUUUUCUUUUUCAGCGAUAAAGUGUUUGAACUUCGUGAGUAUUACACUAUGUUUGCCAAUCAGUUAUCUAAGAGUUUCUUGCCUCAAUGGUUAGAGGAUGUGUUCCUUGGUUUUGGUGAUCCGGCAGCUGCUACUUCUGUUGCAUUUUCGUUUCAGUCUUUACGUCUUCAAAAUGUGUUGAAGCCAGAACACCUUCCUUUAUUUCAAAUUCCGUCGGAUAACGAAACUUUACCCAAUGACGUUCUUUUAUCAGCAAAGUAUUCUAACGACUCAAUUACUGGAGGCAUUUUGCCGAUCAAAACCGACACUACACUUAAAGUAUUUCAAAAAGCUUCUUUUAAUGUACCGUCUUUCACAACUUCGCAGUUGCAUGCCUUUCUGCAAGCUGUUCAGCCGGGUCUAACCCUUAUAAGCGGGCCUUCGUGUUCUGGAAAAACGACAAUUGCCGUGAAACUCGUUGAGACUUUGAGUAAAAAUUAUGGAAAUGAGCGUGUACUUGUUAUCUCUCCUUUCAUGGAUAAGUUGGAGUAUUUCUUCUCAUUAUUAAAGUCCUCCGCUAUACCGGAACGAUACUUAUAUUUGUUUUCUGAAAGCCUAACUAGUGCUGCUGGUCUACACUUUCUGUUUGAUCAAAAAAAUAAUGCUUUAGAAUUGAUUGCGGCAUUGGCAAAAAGUCUCAAUCUCACAGAAGCACAUGCUGCUUCCUGUGAAAAUGCACAGCACUUUAAUGAAGCUUAUGUGAGGCCCAUGUGGAAUUCUUACAAAGAAGGCGAAGUCGAGACUUUUCCUUUCAUUACUUUUUUGAAGGAAAAACUCGGUAAUGAAGCUGAUCGUCUCUUAAAAAGCAGCUCAACUCUUGCUGACCAUUUUUAUGAGUAUAUACAGGAGCUGUUCCUAACAGUAGGUGAAUUAAGACCUUGCGAACUCAUCCAGAGCGCAACACCCAUUCAGGACUACAUUGUUUCCAAGCAGGCCAGAGUUCUGGGUAUCACGUGCAAGGAUUUAGUUUUGCAGAGUGGACACUUGGAAUCAAUACAGGCAAACUUUAAUACUGUUGUUAUGCUUGAUUCUGAAAGUAUUAGUGAGGAGUGUGCCUGUUGUUUGCUGCGAACCUUUGGAGCCAGUUCUGUAAAACGACUAGUGUCUUUUGGAGACCCAUAUCAAGACAAUUUUGACGAACAGAUAAGCGUGUUUCGGCAGGCUUCCAACUUUGGACGGUCCUUAUUUAAGAGACUUAUUCGAUCAUCUGUUCCAACACUAAGACUUUCUACACAAUGGGGCGUUCGAGAAAGCAUAUCAGCUCUGUAUAGAUGGCAAUACAGUGUGGAAUCUCAAAAUGAAAAAGUGUCUACGGAUUUGAUAAUGCCAUCCCUGACGCAUGCAAAUACUGGUUUCUCUUGUACCUGCCAGUUUGUCGAUGUUCCACAUUUUAACGGAGUUGGCGAGUCCGAACCUGUUCGUGGAUUUAAACAAAAUCUCGGAGAAGCAGAAUACGCAAUUGCAAUUUAUCAAUACAUGCGCAUGCUCGGUUAUCCGAAAGAGAAGAUCGCAAUUUUGACUCUCUUUGAUGGACAAAAGGCUCUACUCUCAGACAUUGUCAAAGCCAGAUGUGAUCAAAAUUCCUUUUUUGGAAGCCCACUUAUUCUUGACAACGUCACCACAUAUGGCGGCCGUGCCGUUGACUUUUUAAUUUUGUCAAUGGUAUCUACAAAACACAUUCCCGACGAAUGGUGUCUAUCACAACUGACGAAGGCUUUUAGCUCGCUAAGCUGGGCUUCAUCUAAUUUAUCAACGAUGAAGGAUGUUGCACUUUCUUCACCAGCCAAAUUGUUAUUGACUGCCGGAAAGGUCUACCCAGAUGCAUAUUCAUUAGAGGAAAAAACUGAAACAUUUGAAAUGGAAGAUGUGGUACAUCUAUCCCGUUUUGUUUCCGACAUGACGAAAAAGGCGUUAGAAGUUUCUAAAGCUUGA